AUGCGAUUAUCCAAAUAUGCUAUCGGUAUUUUUAAAUAUCAUUUAGAAUUGAAAAUAAAUGUAUUUUAGCACAGUACGAUUUCGACAGUUCUUCUGUCGAAACGGAAGAUUCAGAUUUAAAGUCCUCGAUUCUUUCUUUGUACGUAGGUGAUCAUCUGCUCAUCUCCAAAGAGCUUGAUGGUAAGUCUAAAUUUUCAAAUGUUUCCAAAUUUUUUUUCAGGAUGGGCUUACGGCCGAAAGAUUAACUCAAAAGAAGAGAAGGGCAUUUUUCCUCUGGAUUUUGUGAAAAUAAUUGACGAUUCUGCAAAAAGUGAUGUUACCAAUUACGAAGGCUAUGACGUCGUCGGGGAAAUUAACAACACUCUUUUCAAAUGGUGGAGCAAAAUCAAGGUGUUUUUUUCUCGGAUUCCUGAUUUUUAACUUCAAUUUGAAGGAAAUCUUCUCCAAGCAUAUUGAGUUUGUGUUUUUCGAUAGACUUUUGGAGUCGAUGAACGACAUUUUGAUGAUUAAAAAGAAGAUUGAAACAGGUAAAAAAAGGUUAAUGUUUUAAAAAUUUAGUUUGGGGCUUCAGGUAGCGUCCCUUUUUGAUUCAUUGAACGCCUUGCGUCUGGAAGUGGCUCGAAAGAUUGAUCGAGGAAAUUUGUGAGUAAUUAUUUUCGAAAUAAAUCAGAACUCAUCAAAUUUUUUACAGUUUACUCGGUCUUGAUAUUGUGAUUCGAGACAGCAAUGGCGCUCCAAUCGACGGCCGAUCUUUAUCCAUUCUCGAGACUUAUCACAGCCAUGUGAAAGCUCAGAAACGCAUCGAGAAUGACUUGGUAAAUGAUGGUUUUUACAAUUCCGGUGAUAUUUCAUGUUAGAGAGCACCCAGCGACGUAUCGAUAGGCGGUCAUUUUUCCUUCAUGGUCUGCAUUAAAUCCGUGGAACUCAACGCGAAAUACAAUUCGGAAGUCGGAAUUGCUCUUUAUGACACGGAAAGGCGUCAAUAUAUCACGUGAGGCUUGUAUUUGAGCUUUUAUUUGAAGAUUUCAUGAAUACAUUUGAUUCAACGCUGGCUUGAAACGAAUUUCAUUAAGGGUCUUAACACGAUUAGCGGAAUUUUAUGUGAAGAAUGAGUGUUUUAGACGUUUCUGUAGUAUCUUUCUUUUAGUCGACCGUGUAUGAAGUAUAUUUUUUUGAUUUUUCUUACCAAUAUUAUUUAAUUUUUUUAUUUCAGAGAAUCUUACGUUUUUCGUGUGGAAAAAAAUGAAGGAAGCAAGACGGCGCCGAAUGUUCGCAUCAUUUUCACGGUAUUUGUUGAUUUAUGGACUUUUUCUUGAAUAUGAAAAUGAUUUUCUUAAGUUCUUUUUUUCAAUUCGUUUUCUGGUUUUUUAAAGUUUCAAAUUUCUGAAAAUUUCUCUAUUUUUUAAGCGAAAAAUCUUGAUUUGUCGAAUCUGUUUGAAAUUGGUAAAUUGUAUAACUUUUUCAGCCAGUCAAAGUUCAAAAGACUUUCUGAAAACCUUGAAAAGGGGACUGGAGUCAAUUUUUGUGAUAUUUCAAAAGUAAAAGAUUUUGUUUUCUACGAAAAAAAGGUACUCAUUCGAGGUUUCGUCGCAAAAAUCCCUUUCAUGUUUCAUCUUGCGUCUCUCAAAAGCUGUCCUCUGCAGAACUUCACCAGCGAAGACUCUGAACGGAAACUGGCGAUGAUCUUGCGCGUCGUACAAAUCGCGCCCAUCGACGCCUCCUCGGCAACGAUGAAAAAAGCUUCUUCGAACCACGACCUUGUUCCGACCGCCUAUCUUUGUCGUCAGGGUGAUCCUUGCCCUCUUGAUCACCUCCAACUUCAGUUUAGACUUUGCCUACGACGUCCUCGACCUCUCCAAUAUUCUCAUCUCUCCAGUUUCUUCGAAUGAAGAGAAAGAGAGGGUUAUCAUCCUCAAUCGGUAAAUUUUCGAUUUUGGUCUGAGUUUUGAAGAAAAUCCGCCGAAAAGUGUUCUAACCAAGAUGCAUAUAGGCUCCAGAUUUCAAAUACCAUUUCCAGAGGCCAAGAGUUCUCCUUGGCAAUGAAAUCCUUGCAAGUAACGGGUCGCGUACCGAAAAAGUUCGAUUCGGAGCUAGGUGAGCGAAAUUUCAGCCUCUUUGUAACAGUUUUUUUAGGGUAAAAAAUGCGUAAAACUCGGCCAUUUUCGGUUUAUAGAAAUUUACCUACUGAUGCUUUCAGUUCUACUAUCUUUUCUCAUAUUCCAUAAGUUUUGGACAAAUAUACUAAUGAAAUGCCUAACGAAAACAAUUCAUUCAUUUUAUUCUGCGGUCGGGAAUUUCCUAAAAAUAAGUCACAUUACUUUUUGAACCAACAUAUGAAAGUGAAAAAAUUCCCAGCUUGCACUCAUUUCCAGUUGUCGAGAAAUAACCGUUCUAAGCCAAAAAACAGCUUAUUUUAACAGAUUUUGAGAGUUUUCUUCGAUUUUUAGGUGUUUUUCCACGGAAAAUAAACUUGUGCAGGUUGAAAUUUUCAGAAUAUUCAUGUACAGAGUUAUCUGGCCAGUUUUCUUUACAGAGUUAUCUGGCCAGUUUUCUUAACCACAAAUCAAAUAACCUACCUUUUUUCGCGUUUUUUCUUCAAACUCUUUUCAAACAACCUAUUUUCUCACCUCCUUGGCGAUUUUAAUACUUGCAAACAUUACUGAAAGCUUUUGUUGUUUUUUUUUUAAUUUUUCAAGAUUUAUAAUGCAUGUUUUGAAGAUUCCUCAAAGUUCCUCAUCAGUACCACGAUUUUGCCUGGUUCUAGCCAGGAAUUGAAAGUUCGGCAGCCGCAUCUGUUCACGAGAAACGCGGCGGUGACGCUGAAAAAAGCCGAAAAGUCGGCUUUGACUUGGGGUUAUUCUUCUGAGGAAAAAGCUGAGUUACUUGAAAAAUGCAGAAGAAACUCGAAACGAUCUGUAUAUCACUCUGAUUUCUGGGGAAUUCGUUGGAAAAUCCUCCGACAAAAAUAUCGAGGCACGCUUGAACGUUGUUGAUGACAACGGGAACGUCGUUGAGAAUGUCAGUUUUCUUUUUUUUUCGUGUUUAUAGUGAAAAAUUUGUUUUUGAAGGGUUUUUUUAACUUUGGCUUCGAAUUUUUAGCUAGCCAAUUUUGUCGAUUUUUGAACUUUCCAGAUAAAAAUAAGGCCAGGCCAAAAAAAUUUAAAUACCUUUAGAAGAUUUUUUUGCGUAAAUUUCAGCUUAAUAUUGUCAAAGUAGGAUUCAUUUCUCUUUGUUUUUAAAUUUUUUUCAGUUGUUUUUAAUUAUCUUUUUAGUAGCCACUUUUUUUAGUAGAAAAAAAGUGAUACAAUUUCGAAAAAAAUCAAAAUCGAAAAAAAGAGCUAAACAUACGUUUCAAAGCUUUCUUAUAAGAUACUUUCAUAAAAUUUACUGAUUUGACAAUUUUUUUGUCAGAGAUUAUUCGGCGGGAAAAAAAGUUCCUUUGAAGCUUUCAUCUAAUCGUAUUAAAAAAUAUUGAUUUUUCUCAGGUUUUCGAGACGUUUUCUGUGACGGGCUCUCAAUUGUCGACGGGUUACCGGAGUGUGGUCUUUUAUCACGAAACUCAGCCCAACUGGUAUGAACACAUCAAGGUUUCCAUCCCUCUUUUAGCUCCCAAUAAGAUUUUAUUGUUUGAAGAUCUGCCUGCCUGCUAAUCCUUCAACGAACUAUCAUUUGAGAAUUCUUUUCUAUUCCCGAAAGGCUUAUGAGAAGAAUAAGUGCGAGAAGGUUUAUUUUAAGGUUUUUAUUCAAAAAAAUAAGCUUUUCCAAGGGACCAUUUGCAAUCUCGCACAUUCAAUUGCUACAAAGUGCGAAUUUGAUCGAAGAUGGAGAUCACGAACUGGUCGUUUACAAGGUAUUGAAAGGCUGGACUAGGUUUUUCAAAGUAUAAAGUUUUUUUUUUAGAUCGAAUCGAUGCAUUUCAAAGACGAGAAUAAUUCCUAUCUAGCUUUACCAUCAACUAAAAGGUUUGUUUUCUAAUUUGUUUUUUCUCGACAAGAUUUUUUUAAAUAGUGUUUAUCAUGAAAGGCAAUUUUUCACCAUGAAUAUGCUAAAAUCGUGAAAAAAAUUUUUCGAAGAAAAAUGUUUUUAUACUGUUUUUUUAGUAUUUUUUUCAUCUCUCAGUUGCUGAAAAACUCAUGAAAAGAUUGAUGAUCAGAGGAAUAUUUUAAAUCGAAAAAUUAUUGAACCGAAAUUAGGCUGGAUUUUUCAAUGUCUGUUUUUUUUUAAAUUUUGCCCUUAGCGGAGGAAAGAAAAAAGCUACUAUAAAGAAAUUUUUUUGUUUUUUCCCACUGGUAAAUCUCAAUAAAUGUAUUUUUCAAUCUAGUGGCGAACUUACUAAAUUUUUUGACCAUUUGUGAAUGAGUGAUUUUUCUCUCAGGAUCCUGAAAGACCUGGGCGGCUCCGCGAAGCCUCAUGCUCACGGGUUCUCUCUGAGCGAGAAGACGUCCCUUUCGAUCUCUUCUUAUUCUUGUUCCAACGUCUUAACUCAGAACAAACACCUUUUGAAUGUUCUGCGAUGGAGGUUUCGACAAAAAAUAAAUAUUACAAGUGGCUAAAAAAUUUUUCAGGAUAAACUGUGCCAAAUUGUACAAUUCACUCUGUUCGUUGGCGGUGCCAGUAGGCGAAAUGGAAAACGAGGUGGGAGUUUUGGUUUUUUGUGUCAGAUUUUUGAAGAUAAAAAAAAAGUAGCUUAAAAAAUGAAAUCGAGUUUCUUAUUUUUUUUUUAAUUAUUUUCUCUUCUCCUCACUCGCUUUUUACGUUUUUCCAAAGUAUUUCAAGUUUUUCAAAAAUAUUUAAACCAUAGUCUUCAGUUCCUUUCUUUGAUCUUUUCUCUCGUGAAUCGGCUUAACUUCUUUUUUUCUGAGAUUUUUUCUUCAAUUUCUCUCUCUCUCUUUUUUUUUUUACCUCUGAUCACCUCAAAGCCGAUUUUCCGAUCUUAUCGAGGUCAAAUACGCUGGAAAUAGAGUUAAUUACGAGAAUUACAAAGAAUAACAUUUAAAAAAAUGUUAAUUUAAAUAACAAUGUGUCGAAUUUUUUUUUCAUGUUACGGCCUCUCCAAUGAAAUUUUCUUUCAGAAAUUGAAUUUUUCUUUCUUUUUUUAUAGUUUGCCUCUCAGUUUUUUCAGUUACUUUUUCCUUCAGAUCAUUCGCUUCCUGCCGCACUUGUUAGACGCUCUUUUCGAAAUUUGGUUUGAGCGUGAAAAUCUCGAGUUGAUUGUCUUCGAUUCUAUUGUCGCUAUUUUGCGUCUAUGUGGUUUGGAAAAUUAUUUUAUCUUGAAAAUAUAUAAGUUUUAGAUGAACCAAGAAAUAUCAAAGUCACAAAACCGAUCCUCGACACGUAUUUGUCCCGGUUUCCUUAUACCUCGGCAUCAGCGUAAAUCGUCUUUUUUUCCAAUCUAAUUCUUAAUUCUAAUUUAGGAAAUUAUUGAAAUGUCUCAAUCAUUACAUUGUCAGUGAAAUGAAAGACAACAAUGAGAGGGCGCGGAAUUCUUUGAAGGAAAUGGGCCUCAUUUUCAAGUUUAUCAUCGCCUCCAGGAGGGCGCUUGAUCGGUUCGUUUAAUUUAUAGUUAUCAUAAUAAUCGAAAAUGAUGAUAUUUUUUUAAUCUGUGAAAAAAAUCCUUAUAAGGAUUGCUUGAUCUGAAAAAUGCAAACUUUCGAAAAACAAAUUUUUAAAAAAAGUUAAGUUGAAAAGGUUCAGAAUAAGAAAAAUAGAAAGUUUUUUUGAAGCUUUUUCGUUUAGAAAAAUUACUACUACAGAAAGAAAAAUUACGAAUUCAGUUUGAAAAAAAUUCGAUCCUUAGUGAGCUUAUCUGGAUUAAUAAAAAAGUCGAAGUUAUAAAUGAAAGAUGAAACUAACAAAAUCAACUUAUUUAUAUUACCGAUCAACCUUUUUCCAUAGCAAUUUUCGAGGUUUUCAUGACUUUUAAACGAUUUUCUGGCUCAAGACAUUUUUGGAAAUCAUGAAAUUCACAUGGGAAUUAUUUUAGACGAUUUGAAAAAAAAAAGUUAAUUCAAGGUUUUCGGAGAAGCCAGAGUUUGCCCUGACCUAUUCGAAUUAUUUACACCAACUUUUGAAUUCUCUCGUCCGGUUGAUGUCUGAGGAAAAGCCGAGAAUGGCUGUUCAGGUGCCGAAAUUUUAUUUUCUGGAAAAAAAACGGAUCUCUUUAGAAUACGGCUUUAAAGAGCAUCCCGGCGAUUAUUGAUCAACUCAACGAUAGCGGAUCUUGCGAUUCUAAGCAAUUGUGGUUCGUACAAUUUUACUUUUUUUAAUGAAAAGAAGCCAUUUAAAUUUACGAUAACAUAGUAACUCAAGAUCAUUUUUUUCUAUUAAGCGAGUUCAUCGUCCUUUUGAUCCACAACUUUGGACGGAAUAUCGUGGCUCGGGAACGACUCGGAUUUGUGUCGCAUUUAGUUGAAACUAAUUUCUUUUUGGUUGGGAUAAUGUCAGCUUCUUCAAUGUAAUCAAGAUCUUCAGAUGAACGGAUCUCGAGAACAUUUGCUGGGUCCUUUGCUGAAACUGGUGAUGGACCAUUUGGAAGUCCCGCAGCACACAGAGAAGAAUGACUACGCCGAGAGAGCCACCGAAUGCGUCACAAUUAUUGCAAUCGUCAUUCGCCGUCUUUUCCCGUCUCACCUGUCUCAGGUUGACCGCCAAACCGCAUUUGAUAUCAGAAGAAUCUACAGUUUCUUAAGAAUAAAUAAAUUACGAAAAAACGCUUUUUUGAUAAAAACUUUCUUUAGUGGACUUUAAUUUUUCUGGAACCUUCCGGAAGUGUGGUGACUGUUAUUUGAAACACUCUGGUGGUUUUUCAGUUCGCAGAAGAAAAAAACGUAGCCUAUGGAAUUUCAGAAAGAUUGAGCUUUAUACAAGGAAUCUGUGAGAAAAAAAAUUUACGCAUCUUUACUGACGGUACUGUUUGUUAAAUACUCUCAAACUUUUUAUUUCUCAAAACUUUUCUCCGCCAAAAAGAGAAACUUCUGAAGAUUUUAAAAAGAAGCAUUUAUUGCAAAUUUAAUGUAAAAAAUACAUUUUCAAUCGAUAUCUUCGACUGAAUCAGGCGAAAUGUGAAAUUUGCUCGUGAAACGUCAGAAUCAAGAUUUUUUUAUCAGAAAAAAACUAGAGAAAUCAGGGUUCUACAGGAAAAAAAUGAAUUUAAUAAUUAAGUCUGGUAUUUUUUUCCAAGAACAAAAAAAUAAAAAAACAAGGAAACAGAAAAAAAGUUCCUUUGAUUUUUGUUAAAAUGGGUUUUUGAAUUUUUUUCAAUGAAGAUUAUGCUUGAUAUACUUGUGAAUUUUCUUGUUCUCACUCUGUUUUUUUAGUUCAAGAUUUCCAAACAGCCGAUUGGAAGUAUUUCCAGCCCCUUUUUCAAGAAAUUAAUAUUUUUUUAGAUCGAAAUAGUAGGAGAGAAAGAAUUUUUAGUAGAAAAAUAUUGAUAACGCGAAAACUUGAAUAAAUUACUGCGAGAAGAAGUUUCAUGCUCGAUCAGCAAAAAAAUAAGGAAAGAUUAACUUUCUAUAAAGCUGAAGCUCUCAGUAAACUGAUUCACUGUUUCAACUGUUAAAUAGAUAAGAUAAAAUAUGGACUUAUAUGAUUACUCGAAAACUUCUUUGUUUUAAAAUGCUGGAAUCCAAAAACUUGUGCCUAGGUGAAGCCGGACGACAGUAGUUCUGCUCGCGAGAAGAAGGAAUUGUCUUCUCUGAUCGCCUCUUCGUACAGAACCGUCGUCAGAGCGAUGGUCCACGUCACUCACGAUAAUCCUUUGGUUUUCCUGACCUUUCCCCUCAAAAUCAACAGUUUCCACUAGGCUAAUGACGUCCGACGCAACUUCUUCUCCGUCAUUCUGGCUAUUUUGGAGAAAAUGACCCUGGAAAUGUUCACCACUUAUAUAGAUGAAAAGUGAUCGAAGUUCUCGAAGCAUUUAGUUUUGAUCUGUGUUUCAGGCCUUUGGAAAUGGACAAGUCCGACUUUCUGAUGGAACUGCUCCAAAUGAUCGGAGAUCUUCUACAUCGAUGUCCUUUCUCUCCCAUGUGGCAUGGGAUGAUGUUGCAACAGAACAAGUUCUCCGGAUUUUGUGUCCCUUUUAUCAAGUUUUGUUUGAAGAGUUGUCUACAAAACGCUUCGUUUUGUCAAGGCUUCCAUCGAGACGCACUUUCCCAACGACAGCACUUGUUCGGAAGUGAGUUUCUAGAGCUUUUGUAGUUUUGAUAGUUGUUUCUAAAUUCAAGUUCAGAUGGUGGUUUUUGUCUUGAAAUUCAGUUUUUGAGCUAUUUCAUCACAUUAGAAUUUUUAUAGCAAAAUUAAAAAAAGGAAAGAUCUUUAAGCGUUUUUUUUUCGAAUCUUUUCCCAAUUUUUUUUGUCUUUUUUUCCUUCUUGAAAUUUUGUGACGGCUUUGGAAAAUUACCGAAUUUUCUAAGUUUUCUACUAUUCAAAUAAAAUUAUUUUCUUUAAAAAGUUUUUUUUAAAUGUAUGUGACAGAAAUUUCUCUUGAAAAAUCAAUUAGGAAAAAGUUCUUUGCUUUUUAAAUUUUUUUGAGAAUUUAUGAUUUUGGAAGGUAGUGAAUUUGGAAGAGAGGCAUACUAUAUUUCCCGUUUCGUGAAUAGUAGUUGACUUUCCAUUUUUUUAUAAAUUUCGUUAUUUCUAUGUCAAUUUUCGCAGCUUUUAUUAAAAAAACAAUAAAAAAACAGUUUUUUUCGUCUUUGAACUAGGAUAAAAUAAUUUUAUAUUCAUUUUCGAAACUUACAAACGUAUCGAAUUGAAAAAAAGAGUUUCUAUGUUAUUGACACUUAAUAAUAAUAUUUUUUUGCAAAAAUCAGAAGUUUCAAUAAUUUUCAAAGAACGGCUAGUUGAAAUAAACGAUCAGAAAAAUUCAUAAAGCAUAAAAAAAUGUUUUUUUAAGGUAUGGAGAGAGUACAUGGUGACGAUUUGCGCGUUCAUCACCCAAGACGGUAUGAAAGUGCCGGAGGAAUGGCUGAGGGACGAGGCGGACGUGCGGGUGCAACUCCGGAAAGCCGCCGCCAAGGACCUCAGAAGCAUGUGGUUCUGUAUGAAACGUAUGAUUUCUGCCUUUUAUCUUGAAAAAAAAGUGCAAAUUUGGAAAGCUGCCGCCAAGGACCUCAAAAUCAUGUGGAUCUGAAGGAAACUUGAUAAUUUCCUCUUUUAUUUCUAAGAGAAAAAUUAUAGGUUAAAAGAAAGCCACAGUAAGGAUAUACUGUGAGAAAAAAUGCUUCAUUUAGGCCUAAAGUAGGAAAAAAAGAAAAAAAAACUAUAAUAGAUCGUAUGAGGAAAGGAGCAACCAGUUACAAAAAUAAUUGUCCAAAUUAAAGAAUAAGAAAAAAUAUCCUGGUUGAUCGGGAGUUAUUUUAUUUCAAAACUCCUUCUCUCUUAAUUAUUCAUGUUUUUUUUCUUUAGCCCUGAGCAAAAUGUACUACAUUCCCGGGCUCGUGGGACCUUUUCUGAAGGUUUCCCUGACCGAAGACGAAGAAAUCUGCGCCAUGACGAUCCCCAUUUUCUUCGAUAUGAUGCAAACUGAAAGAAAUAUCGAUGCGCGACACGAAUUCAAACAUGUAUCUUUCCCUUUUUCUUAAGAUAGGAAUCGAAAAAUUUCAGUUUCGAGAAGAGUUUUUGGUCCAACUCGAUGUCCUCAUCAGCCAGAAUCGCGCUCCCGACGCUUUUCCCACCCAAUUCCAAGAAAUCACAUUUUCUCUUUGCAAGUUGGUCUCCAUGAAGUUAUUUGAUAUGAUUUUAUUUCUCAGAGCUGAUAAAGACCUUGUGGCGAGUGAAGGAAUGCGAUUUUUGCACUAUGUCUGCCGGUUGCUGAGCCUUCUGGCGGAGUACCACGAGAUCAAGGAGUACGACUCUGUCGAUAUUCGCAUCUUCCUCACUGCCGAACUCAUGGUUACUUUUUUUCUGAGGAAAAUUGGUCGUAAUCCCUGAAGACAAGUAAACCCUUAGUCAAACAAUUUUUGUCAGUAUCAAGGAAAAGUAUUACAUGUAGAGAUAAGUAAAAGAAGGAAAUAUGAUUCAUGUUCAAAGGUCUCAAACAAAAAAGCUUAGCUCCUCUUUGAGUGUAGUUUUUGAAAAAGGAGGUCAUUGAGGUGUAAAGAAAGUUAUAGGAAAUUUUGAAACAUUUAAAAUUGAAAUUAAAUUUUUUCAUGAGCUUCAAGCUUCAAUGAGGAUGUAGAAGUGUUAUGAAGGGAGAAAAAAUCGUAUUUAGUACUUUUGGAAAAAUAUUUAGGUACGUAUGAGCGGUAUAAAAAUAUAGAGUAUCAUGAAAACUUUAAAACUUUGAAUGGUUAAGAAAAAUGAAAAUUCAACGACGUUAUAAGAUUCUCAUAAAAUGGGGAAAAACGGUUCUGAUACUUUGAAAAAAAGCUGGGAAAAGCUUUAUGCUUCACACAAAAAACCACCUAAAAAUUAUAUUAUCAAACUUUUUCAGAAGUUAUACAAAGACCUACAAAGCAAGCAGUAUGUGACCUAUCUUUACCGCCUCUACGACCUCCAUCUGGCCCGUGGUGACGUCAUCGAAGCCGCCAAAGCUCUGAUGUUCCACGCCGCCGAUCUUUCGGUUUUUUUGGCUGAAUUUUUUCAGAAAAACACAAAAAACAAUAGUAAGAAUGGUAUAAUAGGACAGAUCUAUCUGCGCAGUAGAUUGACGAAUGUCUCAAAGCAUAAUUUUCUAUCGCAUUCCGAAACAGUAAUUUCUCGUUUCGAAGCUUUUAGGCAUCUUAUAAAAACGAGAAUAGCUUGGAAAGGUUUUUCCUUGCAGGUGGCUCGAAGACACAAAAUAUUCAAAACCUCCAACUUUUUUUCAUGGAAAAAAAGUCAAUAUCCGCUUUUUCGGUGAAGUAGCAGUAGUAAAAUUAGAGGAAACUGCAAUUUUCAAAGUUUUUGCUUUGAAAAAAAGUUAUUCCGACUGGAUUAAUCACAUCUUUCCUGUUUCAGAUCACUGAUCAGCCAUUACCAGACUAUUUGGUAGAGAAAAACCUGAAUAGACAUUUCGCGACGCAAAGACAACUCAAGGUAAAAAUUGAACCUUGACAGCCGGGAAAAAAUUUAUUUACAGCUGGAUUUAUUGAAUGAGGCUGCGAAAUUGUUAACGAAGGCGGAAAUGUGGGAAGAUGCGAUCAGUAUUUUCAAGUUUCAAUUAUUUCCUCACCAAUUCCUGUACAUUUUUUUAAAGAGUUUUGCUCGAAGACCGGAAAAAUGCUCUGGAUUAUGAGGCGACAGCGACUUUGCAUGUGAGAUUUUCCAGUUCAACUGGAAAAUUUUCUGAUUUUUAGAGAAAUAUGGCCGAUCUCUACGAGAAGAUCUCAAAGGAGGAGAGAAUUUUCUGUUUCUAUUAUUUGGUCGGAUUUUACGGCCGAGGAUUCCCGUCUUUCCUCAAUGGCCACAAGUUUUCAUUUUUCAGAAAUCAUAUUUAAAAUUUUGAUUUUGUAGAUUUAUUUUCCGCAGUAACUUGUUGGAACGUCAUGGGGACUUUACUCAUCGAAUGCUUGAGGUUUUUUUUUUCGAAAAAUUGAGUUUUGAAUCGAAAAUUACUAUUUCAAGAUGUACAAGGGCUCGAAAUCCAUCAUGUCCACGGAAGAUUCUUCCAGUUUGACUGACGAUCCUGGAAGAUACCUUCAAGUAAAUUUCAGAUUAACCAACUGAAAAUAAGAUUAUCCUUCAGAUCUUGAGCAUUGAGCCCGUCGUGGACUCUGAAAAUACGAUUGUGAACGCCCAAAAUGUCAAUCCUUUCAUCAAAAUGUACUAUCGUCACUAUAAUGUAUCAUUUAUUCGUAAUUACAGAGAUAUCAAACUUCUUUUCAGGUUAGAAAGUUUGAGUACACGAAGAGCAUUGAGCGAAGGGAUACUGAGUGGGCUCUGGCUUGUGAAAAAUCAGAGGUGGGAAGUUUUGAACCAUUAAAAGGGUUCAAGGAGUGAAAAGUUGGGAGAAUGGUAGCAUCUUAUAGAGUUUCUCAUGGUGCUUGAAUUGGUAUACUUAAACUGCACAAAAGUCGGUAUUCAAAAGGAAGUUCAGAUCCAAAAAAGGAUUGGAUAUAAAUUCUAACUUCUGUAAAAGAUGGAAACCUGACGUCAAGCGGUACAUUUCUUAAUUUUGCUUUUCUCAUUUUCAUCGGAUUCAAAAAUUUUCUUUAGACAUCAUAAUUUUCCACAUUGUUUCACAAGUCAGCAGGGGAACAGACUGUGGAGGAUGAAAGAAACGUGAAAAAAAAAAAUCAAUUUUCAAACUAUGGGCUCGAAAAAGUAAUUGUUGUACUCCCAAAACAUUUUUCAGUUUAUUUGGCCUUUUUUCGUAGUUGGAACGAUUAUGAUUGAGAACAUUUUGCGAUUAACAAAGUUUUUUUUCAAUUUUUUUUUUGUUUUUAAUGAUUUCAUUGAACUUUGGAUCCUUAUGGUUGUACAAAAAAGUCUUUGUGCGAUUUCUAGUGUAAUCCUCACAAAAUGUCAAGCUUUACAAGAUACAGUAACCCAUCACUUUCACUUGUCUUAACUCUGAUUUCAACCCAAGUAUGGAUCGAAAAGGAAUUUUACUUUAACAGUAUAUUUUUUAGUGUCUGCGAAGUUGGCUCCUUAAACGAACCGUUGAAACGGAGGAGAAGCUGCCGACUUUGCUCCGAUUUUCACCGGUGAUUCCUUUCAAACAAGUUUGACAAUGUUACCUGGUUACAGGUGAAAGAAACGAAGGAGGACGUCUACCUCAAUCCUAUAGAACGGGCCAUCGAGCAGAUGACCGCCAAGAAUAACGUCAGCGAAAACCACUGCCCUUUGAACUGAAACUUGAAUUUUCAGCAACUUAUGGAGACGGCGGAAUGUCUGAUGAGAAACCCGAACAAGGACCUGAAGACCCUCAGCGGAGCAAUCAUGGGUGUCGUCAGUGCCGCCGUCCAAGGAGGCGUCAAGAAUUACGAGGUCUUCUUCGAAGGGAAGUGCGCUCACAUCUGCGAGGAGCAGGCUCUGAAGGAGCUCAAGUAUCUCAUCAUCAAGCAGGUUGGUAUCAGACUCCUUUUUCGGCAUGACCUUUAGGUCCUUGAUUUUUUUGUUAAGGUCCAUAUUGAGGUGUUUCUGAAAACUUUGAACGGCUUUGUAAGUUCAAAACUUGAAAUAGCGGUUUUUUAGUAGAGUAGUUAGAGAGUUUAAACUUGCUUUUCACGAUUUUUCCUCUUAGGUCGAGAUCCUGGAAUACGGAAUCUAUGCACACGCUUGUCGAAGCACGACACCAGAGUCGAAGUCCUUCCAGGCGACGCUCAUCGACGCCUUCGACGCCCAUCGGCAGUACGUCGAAGAAGCCUUCGGCAAGGCGGUUUGCGUCCCAGAAAAUCCUCCAAUUCUCUCUUUCAACAUUUCCAGGGAACCAUUCUCCCCCAAGGCGUCAACAUCCGCAUGGUUGAUUCGAAGCCCUACGAGCCGAUGGCUUCUGAAGGGUUUUUUUGAAUUUUUCAUAGAAGUUUCUGGUGUAAACAGAUUUUUGUGGCAGGUAGUUUUAGGGAAGAGCAAUCGACAGAAAAAUAUUUAUUUGCUGUAGGGUACCGCAAAAAAGCCGGUGAAAAAUGUAUGGAAAACACUGGUAAACUGCUUUUUCUGGCUUUUUUUCAAAUUCUGAGCACAACUUAUCUGAAUGGUCUUAUACUAAGAAACACAAGAAAAAACUAUCCUUUCUUCAAAAAAAAUCCAUGAAACCGAUAGAAAAUUUAAUGAAAACGUUUGGAAAAUGCUCUGUCUAGGUUUUUUUUUGAUCCUUUAAAACUUUUUUGAAUGAUUCUGAUCUCACGUUUUCUGUACACUUUUGACCUGCUUUUUUGUUGGUACCCAUAUCAGGUCACCAUUCAUCGAGUGUUUACACAUAGAAAUAGAAAUUCGGACCAGAAAUGCAACCUCAGACACUUCCCUCGCUAGAAAAAGACUGAAGACUCAAUGAUUUUCAGCGGUACCAUCAAGUCCAUGAAAGGCCUUGGCAGUUUCACGAAUCUCCUGAGCAAGCGGAGUAGUGCUGGCGGCACACAAUUACAGCAACCAAUGUAUUCGUCCUCGCUAGUUUUCCAGAUUAUGUAUUGAAUCACACAGGUCGCGCUUCUUCGACAGCUUCUCGGCGGGAUUGUCGCAAGCGAAUUGGAGGGAACACCCGAUUUAUCAUUCUUUCUCGCCUUCUUCGUCUUCUUCUUUGAAUAUCCACGGUAAGAAUUUAGGGGAGUGAAAUACAUUAGAGCCGUGAACUGAAAGUUAAGGGGUGGGGGGAAGAUCAAAGUGCGCUUCAAAAAUCAUCUAAUAGAGCCGGAAGGUCUAGUGAAUGGAAUCUAUGCGAUUUUCUUGUUUUUCUCUACAAACGCAAAAUGUGCCUUUCCACGUUAGAACAUAAAACAAAUCAUAGGCAGAAGCCGCAAGAUGAAGAUAAUAGGGGGAUCGAAACUAGUAAUGAAUUUUAGUCGUCCUUUUUUCUAAUUUUCAUUAAACUAUUCAAUUUGUUCAAUGUGUCAUUACAAGUAUCGUUUCACCGUUGAGAAGAAAAACUGACCAUGAAUAAAUGUGAAUAAAAAGUACUUAAAAUUUUUCGGCGAAACCUCGAAAGUUUUAUUAGUUCACGGAGCGCAUCUACACGAGACAAGCUGAGAUUUCGAUUUUUCUCUUUCGGAAUCGAGAUAACUGGGGCUCAAACAGAUUCAUUAUUUUAUUGACUGAGCUUAAUAUUUUGCUCCGAAUUCAUCUUAACCUGUUUUUCUUGUUCUUAACUUUUUUUUUACAUAACUAAAAAAAAAUCGAAACCUUACUUUUAGCUGAUUUAAAAUUUUCAAAGCUUGUAACUUCAUGAAAUCACGCGUUUCUCACAAAAACUUGACAAAAGUUUUUUCUAAUGUGUUCUCAUGUUUCAUCAUUGGCUUUUGAGUUUUCUGCUCUCUGUGUUCAUUUUCGGAUCAAAGAUUUUUUGAUUGGCUUUUCCAGGAGUUCGGGUCCGAAACGAUAGGAACGAAAGUUUCACUAGCCUCGGAUCUUCUCACAACACUUCUAUGCAGCCGCGCGAUUCUUCGGAUUCUUUGAACUCGAAAUAG